AUGACACCUUUCAGAGAAAAAGAUGAAAUUGCUGCAGCUGAAGGUACUCUAUUAUAUCAUGGUGUGAAACAUGGACAUUCAUAUUUAUCUCAACAAUGCUUGACAAAUGUAUGUAAAACAAUAUUUGCAUCUUCAACAGGCGCAAAUAGUUUGUCAUGUGCUCGAACCAAAUCAACAUCCAUUGCUUCCUCAUAUUUUUCAUUAUUUUAUGAUGCUAGUAAUAAAGGAAAUGCAAAAUUAUUUCCAUUUUGUGUUCAAUUUUUGUCUGUUACAGGUGUUAGAAAAGGAAUAAUUGAUUUAAUUGAUGAUGCUAAUGAAUCAGCAAUUAAAAUUUUUGCGAAUGCACGUCAAUUCCUUUUGGAUAAUGGUUUAGAUAUGCAUGGCUUAACAGCAUUAGACGCUGAUAACAUGAACAUCAAUGUGGGUCAUAAUCAUUCAGUUUAUUCAUUAUUUAAAGAUGAGAUACCUGAUAUUCUGAAAGCUUGUCGAUAUCGAUUAGCACGUUUACCAAUUGACACACAAAAUAUGUUAAAAACAUCAUUUAUUGAAUUUUUAACUUUAACAUGGAAUCAAGUUAUUCAAUGUGUUGAUCUAUUAAAAAUAAAAGACUUGAAUGAAGAUUGUUUAUUCAAUGAAUUUACAAACACAAAAUCAAUAUUUAAAACUAUAUCAGAUCAAAGUGUUCCAAUUUUUGAUCAAGUUCAAGCAUUUGUUAGAAAGAAAAAUGAUAUAACAGUAGUAAACAUAUGUGAUGAUGUAACAGACGUUGAUGAUGAUUAUUCAACAGGAAUCAAGAGAAGUUCAAAAGGUGGUAACACUGGUCGUGGAGCGGUGAUCUCAUGUUAA